AUGCACCAGGCGCUGCUACUGGUUGUUGCAAUCGCAGCAAUUUAUGUCUCGAGGUACUAUUCCCCACUGCUGGCGGCCCUGGGCUUUGCAAUCAUAGGCUUUUUGGCCAGCGACGCAUUAAUUCCACGUGUCUCCCAGUCCUUCAUCAAGAUUGGAUGCUUCGGCAAGGACCUGAGCAAGCCAGGCCGCCCCGUAAUUCCAGAAAGCAUUGGCGCCAUUUCUGCCACCGUCUAUCUUUUCAUCAUGUUCUUCUACAUCCCCUUCCUGUUCUACAAGUACCUCGUGGUAAUUACCCCCGGAGGCGGGCACAGAGACGCUUCAAUAAUGCAAUCGCCUGUGUCCGAUGAGUACCGCUUUCCACACGGCAAGAUGUCCGAAUAUCUGAGCGCAGUCUUGUGUUUGCAAAGCACAGUUCUCCUGGGUAUCGCCGAUGAUCUGUUUGACCUGAGAUGGAGACACAAGUUUUUCCUGCCCGCUGUAGCGGCAAUCCCAUUGCUAGUGGUAUACUACGUGGACUUUGGCGUUACGCACGUGCUUAUCCCAGACGUCAUUCAGCGCUGGCUUGGAACCUCGAAGACGAUCUUCAACCUCGGCGCUUUGUACUACGUUUACAUGGCAUCCAUGGCGAUUUUCUGUCCCAACUCUAUCAACAUCUUGGCAGGCGUCAAUGGGCUCGAGGUCGGACAAAGCAUCGUCCUAGGCGUCAUUUUCUUGAUCAACGACUCCCUCUAUCUUUUACUGGGGAACGAGGCGUCAAAAGAAGCACAUCUCUUCUCUGCGAUCCUCAUCAUUCCUUUCCUUGGGGUCGCUUUCUCACUCUGGAAGUGGAACAAGUGGCCUGCCAAAGUGUUCGUGGGUGACACUUUUUGCUAUUUCGCCGGGAUGAUUUUUUCGGUUGUUGGUAUUCUGGGCCAUUUCUCGAAGACAACACUAAUUUUCUUUAUUCCCCAGACCUUCAACUUUGCCUACUCAUGUCCCCAGCUGUUCGGGCUCGUUCCCUGCCCUAGACAUAGGAUGCCCCGGUUUAACGAGGCCGACGGGCUCCUGUACCCGUCCCGCGCAAACCUGGUGGAGAAACCACCAAAGAAGGUCUUUGUACCUGUCCUCAAGCUGCUUUCUUCCUUGAAGCUAAUCGACCUUGAGGUCGACCCUCAAACGGGCGCUUUGAAGAGCUGCUCUAACAUGACACUAAUCAAUCUAGUGUUAGUUUGGUUUGGACCGACCCGCGAAGACAAGCUAUGCAACAGGAUUCUCGCUAUCCAGUUUACUGUUGGGCUAUGCGCGAUCGUGGCAAGACACAGCAUAGGUUCAAUCAUCUUUGGCCACGACAAUAUUCAGUUCUUAUAG